AUGGCCCAGCAGCUCCACACAGCCCAGUCGCCCCUGUGCUCAGGGACUCCACAGGAGGACGAGGAUUUUGCAGGACCCUCAGUAGAGUCUGACAGGAUAGAAUCAUCUCUUCGUAGCAUCCAGAAAUUUGUUCCGACAGACUAUGCCAGCUACACACAAGAGCAUUAUCAGUUCGCAGGCAAGAAGAUCAUCAUUCAAGAAUCCAUUGAGAACUAUGGCACAGUGGUGUGGCCAGGGGCUACAGCUUUGUGUCGAUAUUUAGAAGACCAUACAGAGGAAUUAAAUCUCCAAGAUGCUAAAAUACUUGAAAUUGGUGCUGGACCAGGCCUUGUUUCCAUUGUGUCCAGUCUUUUAGGAGCUCAAGUCACAGCAACAGACCUGCCUGAUGUUCUUGGAAAUCUUCAAUACAAUCUUUUAAAAAACACACUAGAAUGCACAGCUCAUCUACCUGAAGUGAAAGAAUUGGUAUGGGGGGAAGACCUGGACCGGAAAUUCCCUAAGUCAACCUUUUAUUAUGAUUAUGUCCUAGCCUCUGAUGUUGUUUACCACCACUACUUUCUGGAUAAGCUGCUCGCUACCAUGGUGUACCUUUCCCACCCAGGCACUGUGGUGCUCUGGGCAAACAAAUUCAGAUUUAGUACUGAUUAUGAAUUUUUAGAUAAGUUCAAGCAAGCUUUUGAUACCACUCUCUUGGCUGAACAUUCAGAAUCAUCAGUCAAGUUGUUUAAAGGAAUACUAAAAUGGGACUGA